AUGUCUCUUCGAACUAUUCCAUCUAUAUCAUCAUCUGGGAUUGUACCCGUUUUCCAUCCAAAUCAUCCUCAUAACAAUCGAGCAUCACCAUUGAAGCAGAACCAUCCUAAUAUACCUUUACGAUCACUGGGCAGGUCCAAGAUGAUUUCGGACGAAUCGGAUUUAUCUCCUAGUCCUGAACAAUUGAAAAGAUGUUUUUGUGGUAGACAGGUGGAAAAGGAAUCUGAUACGGGUAUGUAUUGUUCAAGAGAAUGCGCUCAACGCGACACAUUCUCAUCACUAUGCUACAAACCUCAAAACUCAUCUCUCACACAACCUCUCACCUCGUCCGCUUCGAUAUCACGCGGAACGUCUUUAUCUUCUUCCACCUCCAGCACCUCUGCCAAUUAUCAAGAUGAGGAAUACGGUUCUCAUUAUCGUCGUAUGGCCCGUGCCGAUUUACGUCGUGAAGAAAGAAGAGAAGAGCGUAGACGUCGACGUGCCGAAGGAAGUGUCGCGUCCACUUCUUCACGAUCAACCAUGAUGUCAACCUCUUCUUUCGCAUCAUCUCGAAUACCUGAUUUAAUCCAUUCUCACUCUAGAAACCCAUCCGUCGCAUCUACCGCAUCAUCCAUUUGGAGCUCUAAUCUCAGUCGAAAUCCUAGUUCAGCUUCGAACGUUUCUUCAGUCUCGAGAGGAUGUAAAAUGCAAUUAGAAGAUGCUAUCAUGGAAGAUGAUGAUGAAGAAGAACUUUUAGAUGGAGUUUUCACACAAGGUAAACCUCAACGUACACGUAUAUUACAUCCAACCAAAAAAAUGACGGUACAUAAACGUAGACCUUCACAUGGUAAUAACGUGAAAAGGAUCGAACCUUUCGGAAUGGGACAAGAUAUGUUGGAUGUUUUGGAAGAUAUAAUUUCUAUGGAAAAAACUUUCGCUGUUGAAGAACAAACUUCUUCACCUGGGAUUUUCACAGCUGUUUUCGAUAAACCGCCUAGAACACCUUCUCCUAUAAACGAUAAACGUAUAUCUACCAUACCGGCUGCUCCAGGAGCUCCUGGACGUCAUAGAGGUACUUCAAGUAUGUCUGUUCAUAUGCCUGUUCAACAAUCCAUGGGAUUAGGUUUACAUCAAUCUUCUUUAUCAGAAUCACAUACCGCUUUAUAUCUCGUUACUGCUUCACCCGAACGUCAAGAUCGCAGGUCGACAAGUCCAAAAUUAUCAACAAGACAGAGUCUUACAUUUUCAAUCGAUUCGGCAGGUCCAUCAAUCCCCACAAUACCAUCAAUAUCAUCAAUCCCAAUCAGUUCCUCCAAUUCGAGUACUUCAAGUAUUCCAAUUAGUAGUAUCUCCAGUAAUUCAAGUUUAUCAAAUUUAUCAAGUAGACCUUUUAGGAAAUUCGAUUCACCAAUGGUAACUCCUUCAAGACGUAACAUUUCACCCACAGGUUACGCUCCAAUCGGUAAAUGGCGUUUCCCAACACCAACAUCAUCAGAUUCCAUCACUCCUACUCGUGCUAGACAAAGACAAAUAUCAGAUCCUAUGCAAGGAGAAGAUAUUGGACCUGCACUUCUUUGGCCACCACAAAGAGAUUUUGCACCUAGUUUAUUUCCUACUUCACCAGCUACGGGUACUCCAGAAUUUGGAUCGAUUGAAGGGGUAGGAGCAGGGGUAUCUAUUCCUGAUAGCGGAGUGAAAUUAGGGGUUUUAUUGGGUAGUGGGAAUAUGGAAAUUGAUGAAGGUGGUGGUAGUAGUACGGAACAUGUUCAUGGGAAUGAGAGAACGAGAGGAGAGUAUUUACCUGUUUUUUUGGAAGCGGAAGGAUUUAGGGCGGGACCUUAUUGA